AUGUCAGCUUUCUUCUUCUCAACACCGGUGGAUAUCGACAUUGUCCUCGAAGAUGCCGACGAGCGGCAAACUGUCGAUGUCAAGCUCGACAAGAACAGACGGGAAAAGGCUCCUUUAUAUCUCGAUGGCGAAUCCGUCAAAGGCGCAGUCACAAUAAGACCUAAGGACGGGAAAAGACUGGAACAUACUGGUAUCAAGGUUCAAUUCAUCGGACUGAUAGAAAUGUUCUUUGACCGAGGGAACCAUUACGAAUUCUUGUCGCUGGGACAAGAACUUGCUGCGCCGGGAGAACUGCAACAUCCUCAGACCUUCCCUUUCAACUUCAAGAACGUCGAAAAGCAAUACGAGUCAUAUAAUGGCAUCAACGUCAAGCUACGAUACUUUGUGCGCGUCACAGUCUCAAGAAGGAUGGCCGAUGUCAUCCGGGAAAAGGAUAUCUGGGUCUACUCCUACCGGAUACCCCCAGAGACAAACAGCUCGAUCAAGAUGGACGUUGGGAUUGAAGACUGUCUGCACAUCGAAUUCGAGUACUCCAAGAGUAAAUACCACCUGAAGGACGUCAUCGUGGGAAGGAUCUAUUUCUUGCUGGUCAGAUUGAAGAUCAAACAUAUGGAGCUGUCCAUUAUCCGACGAGAGACGACCGGUGUCGCCCCCAACCAAUACAAUGAGAGCGAAACGUUGGUGCGAUUCGAGAUUAUGGAUGGAUCACCAUCACGAGGCGAAACUAUCCCUAUCCGACUGUUCCUGGGAGGAUUUGACCUGACACCCACCUUCCGAGAGGUGAACAAAAAAUAUUCCACCAGAUACUACCUCAGUCUGGUGUUGAUUGACGAAGACGCCCGCCGCUACUUCAAGCAGUCCGAAAUCGUCCUCUACCGACAAGCGCCCGACGCGCUUCCCGCACUAGCGACAGACCAGCCUGGCAUCGGAGGCAAGCUGCCCAUCCAUUCUCCGCCGACACCUGCCUAA